AUGGAUCCAGACGAAAAUUCGUCUUCAUCAAGAUCUAGAGAAAGUUCCUUUGCAAAUUUAAGGCGAACAGUUUCGCUUACAAGGUCGCGGAGGAAUACUCAAAGUGGUGGUGACAGUCAUUCUCAAAGCACUACAAAGUCAACUUCUACCAACUAUUUCAACCAAAUUUUACAUAGACGAGCUUCAGUAUCUUCACAGAGGCCAAAUCUAAACGAAAUAGUGAUAACUAAAACUGAUUUAGAUCCCAUACUUCAUGAUUCAGAUCCUAAACCUGUAGUAAUGAAUUCCGAUUCAUCCUUGCAGCAAUCGACGUUAACUCAACAACCAACUAUGCAGCGAACUGGUAACUUGUUGAGAAAAAAAAGUUUACGCACUUCUGGUGGCCUCUACUCGCCAGUCUCACCUUCACAACCAUCGUUUCCUCCAACUGCGGAAGAAGAUUUGCCGGAAAAUAACAAAAACAAUAAGGAUGAAAAAUUGUUAAAAAAAGCUCGAGUGUUCUUGGAUCCGAAACAAAGGUCAAAGGCCAGGAUAGCGUCAUUAUGGAGUUUUAUUGAUAACACCAACGAGUUGGACCAAGCUCAAUUCUUCCAACAGCAUGACGAAGAAGUAUUUGAUGCAAUCUAUAAAUCGUUUAUAGGGCAGGUCGAAAAAAUCAAACAGAGAACUGACCGGUCCGUAUCAUUAUCAUCGAAAGAAUAUUCAAAUAUCAAUAACACACUCCUGUUGUUACGAAAAAUAUUUUUAUACUUGCCCGAUCGGAUAAGAAGUGGCUGGCAACGUAGACAAACAGCCGAAAUGUUAUCCCAUCUUCUCGAUCACGGGAACCAUCCGCGCGUUCGGAUACAAGGAUUUCAGCUUUUGUUAUUAUGGUUAAAUGAUCAGACAAUCGAGUUACCUGAGUGCAUAGAUUUGUAUUCGAAUGCAAUUUCAUUGGAUUUAUUCUUGUACGACCAAAUAAAGAACGGGGGCAAUGACUAUAAUACUAAGGAAGGAACGUGGAAGAAAAAUAAUAUUUCUCUGAGGUUGGGUCAAGUUUUAAUAAAACCUGAUGAUCGUGGCCCUUUGUUUCCCAACCCGCAUCCACCUACUUUCAAUGAUGCUGUAAAACUAAUACAAUUGGAUUUGAGUGGUUUGGUGAGGCUCGCCCAUGUGGCAGCCGGUUCUAUACCUCCACCAGAGAAUUAUGAUUUUCCGCAAAUUGAGAAUAUUGAACAUGAUAACGGAAUAGCAAUCGGAAUGGGAAUCGAUGCUGCGUUAGCUGCAGCGAAAUUCCACUUUGAUCUUACAAAAAAACAUUCAUCUGAUACCGUGUCAUACCCAUCACCUGCAACUCCGAUAUUAAAGUCCAUAGUGUUAGGCCCAGAGAAUCGAGAGUUUGCGCAUGAGAUAGUCAGGCAGGCUCUUAUGUUACCAGCCGGUAGUCCAUUGUACAAAGAUAUUGUCAGAGGGGCCGUACAUAUCGUUGGCGUGUGGAUUCUAAGCGGAGAAGAGGAAAGGCCGGCUUUCCUUCGUAAAUCCCCUUUACAAGCACCGCCGUCAACAUCGACCACAGGAUCAUUUGUCAGUCAAUUACCAUCACCGGAUAGUGAAUUAUCAAUUACUCCAUCCAACACACCAUCAAAGUCUACCUUUUCUUCUGCCAACAUAUACCUUCGAAGAUACAUUCAGUUAUUGAGCCUUGUCUUUGAGGAUCACUCCGCAAUAACAUUCGAUGGAAUGACUAACAUUGAGGUGGAAUCGCAAGUGGCGAUAUAUCGAGACGUUUUGUCCUUGUACCGGUCAAUGAUAUCUGAAGGUCCUAUCGAAUUGGAGGCCGAAACAUGGGAAACUUUAUUAUUGUCUCUUUUGGAUAUUCAACAGAAGAUAAUGAACCAUAGAGAAAAAUAUGCACCUAUUUCAUCCAUAUCAUUGGCAGAAGGUUUAGCAGAUUAUCUUGUUGAAACAAUACUAAAUACAUUUGCGAGAUCAAAAGUUCAACAGCCUAAGUUAUGGCAUGAGCUGAGGGAUCAAAUGAGUCACAGUUCAAGGUGGUAUCAGACGAUAUCACAAUGGGCGAAAGUUAUGGUGAGGCUUACGAAAAUCCUGUCGAAACAUGUCCACCAUGUUGAUCUCGAUGCUGUCGAGUUAAAUCGUCGCCUAUCAGAGUUGUCUACGUCAGAGCGCCAUUCUCAUCGAAGGCAGCCUUCUAAAAACAGAUCCCGCCAUUUGUCUUUGCGCGAAUCACGUCAUAAACAUUCAGGUAGUAAUUCUUCUCGUGAAGAGGUUAUGGCUGCCUUAGGGUCCGAUUUUCCUAUUUUCGGAAAAUCAGGAAGCGAUGGUAACGUUAAAUCUAGUCGACGUACACUCAGCAUCCAUCAAGACAUGGGAAUAUUAGAUCAGAGUGAUCUCACUCUAGAUGAUCCAGCCGAGGUUAAAUCCAAUCGAAAUUCAUCGGCGUUCUUCUCCCAGUCCAACUUUAGCGGUGAAAGGUUAUCAAUAUCCUUGGCAAAUUUUCGAUGUCAAGAGUUUAUACACUUGGAAAUAUUACCGUGGAGUGGUGAAACUGCGCUAUCGGUUUGGAAAAAUAUGUUGUGUGCUUUAGGAAAUUUAAAUAGCAUACAGACACCAUCAAAUCAUGCGGAAGCAAUAAAAUGCUUAGUGGAGAUAAUGGACAUGUUGGCGUUGGCUCACAAUAAUCAAAUGGGAUUCGCCCCUUCGUCUUUACACUAUGAGUUUGCGCCAUGGUUCUUUGAAGCCUGUGAAUUACCUUUAGCAUUUGCCUCUGGACGGGCAUUAGCUUAUGCUGGUCUUUGUAAAAUGAUGUCUCGUCGACCAGACCAGGAUUUUGAUGAAGCUUACUAUCCGCACUUUUACCGUGCGUUGCUUAAAGGAUUGUCUGAUCCCGACGUGUCGAUAACCUUGGCGAUCAUAAAUAAUUCCACAAAACUAUUCUCACAGUGUUUGCCAGGAAGCAAUAUUUUGUAUAGGAGCUUCAUCGAGACCAUUAGAAAUCAAUUGUUAAAGAACAACACGAAUUUAUCGGAAAUCACAAGGCAAAACGCAAUCACAAUACUGUGCUCCUUGAUAUGCAUAGUGAAUCAAACGCCAUCGGAAAAGGUUCCAAUCAUACCGUAUAAAAAGUUGACGAAACUCUGUGAAGCAGAUUUCAGUGAAGCAGAAUUGGGCGAUUUGGAUUACAUGAGGUUUUCCGAGGUGAGAUCGGUACUGAAAGACACCUUGAUAAAAUCUCUUGCAACCGAGGAAUCGAUACGCAAUUAUGAAACGCAUGAAAUGCUGCUUUACGGAAUUUGCACUCACGCAUUAGACGAACUGACGGCGACAGAAUGUCCAGAUAAGACAGUAGUAAAAGAAUGUUUUCGAGCAUUAUUGGACCAACUAUAUUGGAGUCACCUACCAGUGGUUACUACAGCCGCGGAUUGCUUGAUUGGGUUUGCACAAAACUCAACUCUAUGGUGGAACGAAGAAGGGACAUAUCAUAUGGUUCUUCAAGAUGUUUUUGGUUGUUUGAUUGGCGCGUUGAAUGAGCACCUCAAAAUACAAAAGCUAUCACCCAGAAAUGGAAGAGGGUUUAUAAUAGCCAAAUUAUUUUAUUGCCUACUCGAAUGGUUGAUGGCCAUUCCGCCAAAUCUUUUCACUGACACGGAACUGUGUCAACUUGUAUUCGACGUUAUCGAUCUUACAUUUGAAGUAACUGAUCCCGAUUCACCAAGAAAAAAUCGAAAGAAGCCUCACCUACCUUCUCUCAGGAUUAGGCAUAAGCAUCGUGGGAAAGAUCCUACUGUAUUUUUCAGGAAGGCAGAGCGAAAGAUUGCCAUAAGUUUGAAAUCUAACGGAGAACAAAAUUUCCAUGUUGUUGGUGUCGAGAAUAAUGUGGAGGACGUAAAUUUUGUCAAGGAUGUUGCGGAGUACAUACUGUUACAUAUAACGCAUCACUUUGACAAUUUUGCGCCUCCUCAGGGCCCAGCUAUGAUGAAUAGUACAUUGGUUGGUCCACUAGGAAUUGAUCUUAAGGAAGAUGAGACAUCAGAUCAGUAUCAUUAUUUCUCGUAUAACGACACCACAAUAAUAACAUUGGUGGAAAUUCCGGGUAAAGAAAAUUCAAUUUCACGCAUGAUAAUUCGAGAUUAUACUGGUCGAUACGCAUGGGAUUCUAGCCUAUUUUACCGGGCAUCUUUCGACGCUGAAAAUUCCGAAAAAGGAAAAAAUGGCAAGCGAGUUAAGGCAGCUGACAAAAUUACCUUGAGAAGUGGUAUUAAAAUGGACCGUGGUUGUUUGGAUUUGAAAUCUGAUUUAAUAAUUAGCCCCCAUAAGAUCGAGGAAUCUUUAAAAGAGGAACAUCAAGCUCCACAAUGGACGCGAGAUACAGAUAUUGAACGUGUGAACAUGUUGAACGAAUUGAUCCAAUACAUCGACCACCAAACAUCCGAUUUUCAAAAAAUUCAAAUGCCCUUGUAUUCUCCGAGAACCAUGAGUGAUAUGAAAUCUAAUGUUGCCCGGAUUGAGGAGCAGCUUAACAGACACAUACAAGAGGAAACGCUUUAUGGAAACUCUGCUGCACUGCGAAAUAACAUUUUUCAAGAAAGUGAAUACAAGGUGAUCAAACGACGUUCUUGUAAUCCUCUUUACUGCCGGACCACGUCACAUUUAUCUCUUGGAGCCGAUUUUUCGUUGUCCAAGUCGUUUCUGCCGGUUUUACCUCCAGAGGCUGAGAUGCCUACCGAGCCAUAUCAGCAAUGUCGAUUGUUUCUAAGUCAUUUUGGAUGGCUCAACCCUGAUACUCUAAAAGAAGGAACAAUUUGUUUGCUCAAUAAGACGGCCGGACUAUUUCGCGAUAUAAGAUUGUUGGACAAAAAGCAUGCGAGAGAAGCGAUUAAAGUUGCACUUUUAUAUGUUGGUCCAGGACAAGAAGACGAACAAAGCAUAUUGCAUAACACAAACGGUAGUCGGAUGUAUGAUGAAUUUGUGGAAAGUCUUGGGUGGGAGAUUGAUUUGGCUAGUCAUCCUGGAUACCUCGGAGGAUUAGAGAGAAAUUCAACGAAUGGGUUGACAUCAGUAUAUUAUUGCACAUCAACCCUUGAAAUAAUAUUUCAUGAUGUUACCAAGAUGCCAACCGAUCCAACCGACCCCAAGCAACUAAAAAAGAAACGUCAUAUAGGAAACGAUCACGUUCACAUAAUAUUCAACGAAAACCAUCGAGAUUAUCGUAAAACCACGAUAGGUGGUGACUUUGGUAAUGCUCAAAUAGUGGUAACACCAUUUUCCAACGGGCUAUUUAGCGUUGAUAUCUAUCGAGACUCAAAGACACCGCCAUUUGGACCACUUUUACAUGGUGCCGUGGUCAGCAAAAAUGUGUUAGGACCUUUGGUGCGAAUGACAGCAGUACAAGCGUUUAGAAAUAGUCUGCACAAUAUAAAUAGCACGAAUAUAACGAUGUAUCAACAUCCAUAUAUGGAACGGGCGUUGGACAUUAGCACGAUAACGGGUAAACACAAGAAUACAAAGUGUAAUAGUACGUACGAGGCGUUCAUGUCAAAAAUUUUUGUAUCCGACGAUUGUUAA